GAGCACUUGUGUCUGAGACCCACCACCACCAACCCACUUUGGAGGCCAUGAUCCACAACCCGUGCAGGGAUCAUCGUGACUUCUUCCACAGCUUCUAAUCGUACACACACCUAGGUAUGGAGGAGGCCCCCACUAUGGCGUCGUCGUUCCCCUUGGAUCGACUCCCAACCGAGCUGGUGCGGCAGGUCGGCUCCUGCCUCUCGACUCACGAUGCCCUCAGUUUCUGCAGGUCGUCCAAGAGCAUCUACCCCCUUAUCCACCCGCUGCUCUUCCACCACGUGACCAUAAGAUGGAGCCCAUACUCAGCAGUCGUCCCCCCCAACAUCACCUCCCUCCUGCAGUUCAUGCUCAGGAACCCUUCCUACGCCGGGUACAUCAAGACCCUGGACCUGCCACGUGUCGUCUACCGCUCGUGCGUCGCCUGGUCGCGGGACUUGAAGGGGGGUAACCCGUGGCACUGGAGCCCCGAGGACAAGGCACUGGCCAGGGCCGCCCUCGAGGACUGCCAUCUACCACACGCAGAGAGGUGGUACACCGCCGUGGUCGAGGAGGCCAACCUGGGCGCCAUCAUCGCCCUCGUCCUGGCCCAGUGCACCAACCUCCGGCACCUCACCGUCGACGCCUGCUUCUUCCCCAACAUCAACGAGUACUUCACCGACGUGCUCAGGUCCGCCAUCACGCCCUCCCUCUCACAGCCAGAGCCCCCAGCCCGCCCGCCUCUGCUCCCCAGCCUGGCCCACGUGACCGUGACCCAGGACCGCAAUCUCAUCCCCCACGACGACCACGAGCCCCCGAGCGCCGCCCCGCCAGAGGCCUUCCUCCUCUUCUUCUACUUGCCGCGGCUCGCCACCCUCCACCUCGGCUUCGAGCGCGUGAGCUUUAUCGCCUGGAACAGGCAGCCCUGGGACCCCUACAAGCUGUUCCGCUGGCCCCUCGCCACACCCCCGCGGGCAGCGACACUUACCUCCCUAGAGCUCGACAAUAUUGUGGCCUCCGGGUAUGCCAUCGAGUUCCUGCUGCAGCACACCCCCGGCCUCGAGUCGCUCGUCUGCGGCUUUAGUCCCCUGGACAUGGCCCCGCCGCUCAACCUCAAUGACCUGCGGCGGGGGCUCGACCACGUUCGCGGUACCCUUACACGUCUUGCCAUACGGCAUGACGUUGAGAACGUCAAGACCGUCGACCCCACGGCCAAGACGGGGGUGGUACACGGGAAGCUCGGGCCCCUCACCAGCCUGACCUCCCUGCGCAGCCUCGAGAUCUCCCCGCACCUGCUGCUGGGUGAGGCCGAGGCGGGCGCCGACCCGCACACGGCGCCGCCGCUCGGCCCCCUCCUCCCGGCCGGGCUGCGGAGCCUGGUCCUCAACGCUAACUUCAGGCGCGACGUGGAGUGGCCGGCCGAGUCGGUCGCCGCCCUGCUCAACGACUUCUUCUCCGCGGCCGCCUGGAGGACGGCCACGCCGCUGCUGGAGGAUUUCUUCCUCUGCAUGCACGGUGCACGAACGACGGCGACCCAGUACUGGUAUGACGUGAGGGUCAGGGACGAGUUCAUGCAGAUGGUUGAGGACCAGGGAAUCAUGUGCACCAUGCACACAUAUGAAUAUGCAAAUUAUAACUGGGGCGAUUUAGAUUAGAAUUAGCUAUAACAUACCUCUUAGAAAUAGAAGUUAUAUUUUAA